CUCUGGUAACUUUACUGGAAAGAUUUGGUUAUCUAAUGUUCAGUGUAAUGGAUCUGAGUCUAGCAUAUUCGAUUGUCCUCAUCAAUUUUCAGGAGACACUUGUACUUCAGCUAAUGAUGCCAGUGUCAUUUGUACCAAUAUUCCUAUUAACCCGUAUCCUGUUAGAUUAUCUGAUGGUAUUAAUGAUCACUCCGGUCGUGUUGAGAUAUUUUAUAACAACGAGUGGGGGACCGUCUGUGAUAAUCAUUGGACUAUGAACGAAGCUAACGUCGUAUGUAGAGAACUAGGAUUCUCUGGUGCUCAAGAUGGCGGUGCUCUUGGUGGCUCAGCUAGUACUGCAGGUAACGGUCAUAUUUGGUUAAGCAACAUAAACUGUCAAGGAAAUGAGUACUUCUUACAUCAGUGCAGCCAUGAUCCUUAUGGCAGUAACAGCUGCCAGCAUGUGAAUGAUGCUAGAGUGAUAUGUAAAGCUAAUUUUCUCAAUGUCACACUUCACGGUUCAACCCCAUCAGCCGGUCGUGUCUCUAUUAAUUACAAUGGGCAGGGUUGGGGUACCAUUUGUGAUACCUUUUGGAGCAUAAAAGAUGCUGAUGUGGUCUGUCGUAUGAUUGGAUAUAAAUCAGCUACUAAUAACUACACCCACGCAAUCCCUUAUGGACAAGGUGCUGGUACUGUUUGGUUGGAUGAUGUCAUUUGUACUGGGACUGAGAAUACAUUGUUUGAGUGUUCUUAUUCAGGAUUUGGCAUUCAUAAUUGUCAUCACAAUCAUGAUGUUGGAGUUGCCUGCUCUAGUAUGUUAAUGACACAUAAUUUAGUCAAUAGACUAUAAUACACUAGCA